CAGAAAAGAACAGCUUGCUGGUAAUCAAAGAGAAGUUUCAGGAUGGUGUGCUGGAUUUUGAGUGAAAGCGUGUCCAUCGUGGUUGUACUCUCGUGGCUGGCAGUGAAUCUCUAUCUGUUUAUUGACACAUUCUGUUGGUAUGAAGGAGAGGAGGCCUUCUUUUACACGCGAAUUAUUCUGGGUUCUACAUUGGCGUGGGCCAGAGCAUCUGCAGCAUGCCUGAAUUUUAACUGCAUGCUAAUUCUGUUACCUGUCAGUCGAAACUUUAUUUCGUUCGUGAGAGGAACAAGUAUGUGCUGCAGAGGGCUAUGGAGAAGGCAGCUGGACAAAAACCUCAAGUUCCACGAGCUGGUUGCCUAUGGGAUAGCUGCUAAUGCAACCAUCCAUCUUGUGGCACAUUUGUUUAACCUGGAGCGUUACCACUUGGGUCAAGCAGAGGAUGCUGAGGGACUUCUGGCUGCACUUUCCAAGCUUGGAAACACCCCAAAUGAGAGCUACCUCAAUCCAGUCCGCACCUUGCACACGAACACAACCACUGAGCUACUGAUGACACUCGCAGGCAUUACUGGCCUGGUGAUCUCCCUGGCUUUGAUUUUGAUCAUGACUUCUUCAACCGAGUUUAUCAGACAGUCUUCCUAUGAGCUGUUCUGGUAUACACACCACAUUUUCAUCAUCUUCUUCGUCGGUCUGGCCAUCCAUGGAGCAGGUCGGAUUAUUCGAGGCCAAACUGGAGAGAGUCUCACACUACACAAUGUCACCUUCUGUAGACACCGCUAUGCUGAAUGGCAGGCAGCUACCUUGUGCCCCGUGCCUCAAUUUUCUGGCAAGGAACCUUCGGCCUGGAAAUGGACUUUGGGCCCUGUGGUCUUGUACGCAUGUGAAAGAAUAAUUAGGUUCUGGCGAUUUCGACAAGAGGUUGUCAUUACCAAGGUGAUAAGUCACCCAUCUGCAGUCCUGGAACUUCACAUGAAGAAGCGUGACUUUAAGAUGGCACCUGGACAGUACAUCUUCAUCCAGUGUCCAUCCAUCUCCCCACUGGAGUGGCACCCCUUCACCCUCACCUCUGCUCCUCAGGAGGACUUCUUCAGUGUGCACAUCCGAGCAUCAGGAGAUUGGACAGAAGCAUUGCUAAAGGUCUUUGUGGCCGAGGGACAGGUUCCCAAAGAGCUCUGCAGCCUACCAAGGCUGGCCGUGGACGGGCCUUUCGGAGGCUCUCUGACAGAUGUAUUUCACUAUCCUGUGAGUGUGUGCAUUGCUGCUGGAAUUGGAGUCACCCCCUUUGCCUCGCUUCUGAAGUCUGUGUGGUACAAGUGUUGUGAGUCACAGAGCCUGCCUGGGCUGAGCAAGGUGUAUUUCUACUGGAUUUGCCGGGAUGCCACGGCAUUUGAGUGGUUUGCAGAUCUUUUACUGUCACUGGAAACACAGAUGAGUGAGCAAGGGAAAGCUCACUUGCUGAGUUAUCAUAUAUUUCUCACUGGCUGGGAUGAAAAUCAGGCUAUUCACAUAGCUUUACACUGGGAUGAAAGCACAGAUGUGAUCACAGGCUUAAAGCAGAAGACCUUCUAUGGGAGACCCAACUGGAACGAGGAAUUCAAGCAGAUUGCCUACAAUCACCCCAGUAGCACCAUUGGCGUGUUCUUCUGUGGACCCAAAGCCAUGUCAAAGACACUACAAAAGAUGUGUCGUCUAUACUCAUCAGCUGACCCUAGGGGUGUUCAUUUCUGUUACAACAAGGAAAACUUCUAGACGCAGGAGGUAACCUCAAUGCA